CAGUCGUCUGCGCUCCGCCCGAUCGGUUGGUCAUACAGUACAUCGAAAAGUUUUAAGACACUGCAAGACUUGAUCUGUGAACGAUUGCAGGGAAAAGGUCGGACAUCCGCACAAGAUGGAGAAGCUUGGCUUUGACAUCGCUCCGGCGGAACACAAGCAGGCCAAUCCGCAGGAGAUCCGCAAUCAGUCCAUAAAGCGCUGCAUCCAGACGCUGGUGCACGCCUGUCAAUGUCGCGAUUGUCACUGCCGCCGGCCCUCGUGCCACAAGAUGAAGCGCGUCGUCCAGCACACGAAGAACUGCUGGCGCAAGACCAACGGAGGAUGCCCCAUCUGCAAGCAGUUAGUCGCGCUAUGUUGCUACCACGCCAAGCACUGUCAGGAGGUGAAGUGCACCGUGCCCUUCUGCCCCAACAUCAAGCACAAGCUCAAGCAGCAGCAACUCCAGAAGAAGUUCAGUUCAUUAAAAAUUUGAUAAAAUGGUCAGAAAUACAUAUAUGGAAAUACCCUUUAUACCUGGGUUAUACCCUUUACGCUCACGUUAAAGUUCCUUAACUAGACCUUUUUAAUGGUUUCUCAUAAGAAAUGUUUAUUUCAUAAGCUCCAAUAAAUGAAAUAA